UGGCGUUAAUAAAAUUCGUUACCUUAUCUCCCCUUUCAACUUUCAAAUUACAAUAUGUCAUGUUCAAAGAUAUUUUCAGGUGAUUUACCUGAAUUAACAUAUGAAAUUAUAAAAUAUUUUCAGAAUGAUAUUUCAACUUUACAUUCAUGCAUUUUAGUUAAUAGAUUAUGGUGUCGUUUAGCGAUUCCAUUAUUAUGGAAAGAUCCAUUUUCAUUUCGUACCGGAAAUUGUAAUUUUAUUGAAAUUUACUUUGAUAAUUUAAAUGAUGAUUUAAAAUCAAAAUUAAGUGAAUACAAAAUUAAUGAUAAUUCAUUAAUACCUUCGAAUACACUAUUUAAUUAUGCUAAAUUUUUAAAAUAUUUGAAUAUAUUUGAUAUUAUUUCUUGUGUUGAGAUGUGGUUUGAAGUUGCUGUUAGAACAUCAAAACCAGGAAAUAGAUAUUUUUUGAAAGAUUUAAGUAGUUAUUCAGUAUCUAAUUUUAAAAAAUUGAUUAAUAUAUCAUUAUUUAAAAUAUUUAUUGAAAAUGAAAUAAAUUUACAUACUCUUGAAAUUGAAAUUUCAAGUACUUAUUAUUAUACAUAUUUUAAUAAUAUUCUUGAAAUAAUUUUACAAAAUACAAAUUUCAUUCAUAAUAUUAAAAAUUUAAAUCUUUAUAUUAAUAGUCCUUUUAAUUUUUCAUAUGCCAAUAGUAAUAGUGAAUAUAAAUUAAUUAAAAAUCGUAUAUCACAAAUAAUUAAUUUACAUCAAAAUAUCAAAAAAAUUUUAUUAUAUUAUGAUAAUUUUCCUUUAUAUCAAUCAUUAUUAUUAUCAAAAGAUUCUAAUUGUUCAAAUACUUUAAAUACAAUUAUAUUUUAUUGUAUUGAUUUUAAAGGUAUAACCAAUUUAGAUAAAAUAUUUAAACAAUUAAAUGUUUUAGAAUCUAUUCAUAUAAUUUAUUGUUAUUCUUUAAAAUCUGGUUUUGAUCAAUUUAUUAAUUUGACUAAACCAUUUAAAUUAAAAUCUUUAAUUAUAAAUGAAUUAUCACACGUUGAUAAAUCAUUACAAUUAUUAUUACAAAAAUCUGGUAAUUAUUUAGAAAAUUUUGGGUAUAUACUUGGAGAUUUAUCACAACAACGUCAAUUAUUAGAAUUAAUUACAAAAUAUUGUAAAAAUAUCAAAUAUCUUGAUUUUUAUGAAUUUGAAAGUCAAAUUAUUUAUCAAAUAUUCAAUUUAUCAAAUUUAAUUGAACAUAUUAAACAAAAUCUUAAUUAUCUUUCAAUUAAUAUAUGGGAAGAUUAUUAUUUAUCAAAUGGUAAUAUUGAACGUAGUUCAAUAUUAUUACAAAAUUUAGGUCAAACUCUUCCUUCUAAACUUGAAUAUUUAAGUUUGAUUCUUAGUAUUAAAGAAAAUGAUUUUAGAAUAUUCUUAGAAAAUUCUCAAAAUACUUUUAUUAAUAAAUUAAAAAUAAUGCAAAAUAAUAGUGAUGAUAUUGUACAAUGUAUAAAGGGAUUUAUUAUUAAUAAGAAAAGAGUUAACUAUUUGGCUAUUAGAAAUUUUAAGGGUGGUGAUUUGUCUUGUUUGAAAGAUGAGGUGAAGGAAUUUAAUUUACAUAAUAUUAGAGUUUUAAAUUUUAAUGAUUUAUCUUUAGCUUUUGAUGUUUAUAAUUUAGUAAGGAAAAUUGAUUAUUUAUAAAAAU